AUGCUUCCUCUCGCCAUUGUAUUGGCCCUAACAGUUUCGACUGUUAGCGCUGAUAUCCAGAUCGUUUGGCAACACGCCAAGCAAUCCAGUCAAACAUCACUUAGCAUCUUCGAUGGCUCUACACUUCUUGCUCAAAGCUGUUCAAACUUGAUCUCUGAUGCCCCCCAUAGCAUUGAUUUCUCUGACGUCAAUGAGAAUGGCUUUGGCAACUUUACCAUUGGCGCUAAGAAGUACCUAGUCCACUCAAAGGCCCAGUACUCAGGUGGCCCAAUCUGCACUAAGAAGUUCGGUGCUGAUGCAACUGUCAUCGAAUGUUCCGGCAUCGACUGGAAACCUUCUUCUAAAGCUAAGAUCGAGGAGAACUGUCACGACAAGGAUGAUGCCAAAAGCGCCUUGCGGUUCUUGACUACCAAUGGUCUUACAUCUUCUCUCAAGACCAAGAGAGAAGCAAGCCCAAUCAAUGACCCUCCUGCAUGCUCAGUCUUAACGCGCACUUCGCUUGUUGGCGAUGGUGACCCCCAUCAAAAUUAUUUCCACAAGCAGCUCUCAGAAGUUAUCAGCUGCGGAUCGGCCGCAUCAUGCAGCGUGGGCAGCUCCCAAUCCAUCUCAUACACUAUUGGCUGGACGGCCAAUGUAACCCCAUUUAGCUGGAUCAGUGGUGGCUUUUCUGUUUCUGAGAGCUGGACCACCGGUAACACCUAUACUUGCAACGGUGGUACUGGUGAGGAUAUCUGUGUGUGGUAUAAUAUUGCUCACACUGCUUAUACUGUUCAGAACAAGGAGAGAGAUUCGUGUGCGGUUGGCGGAGGCUGGGAUUCUUCUGGAGACCCUUUUGUCAUGUUUUCGCCUAACGAGGCAAACCGUGGAGGCGGUUACUACUGCGUGGUUGGUACAUGCCGGUCCCAAGGUGAUGGCUACUGGGACUAUAGCGGCCGGGCUGGUGGCCCUUAA